GGCACAGCGCGCGGCGUCCCCCUCAGCCGCCCCGGCCGCCCGGAGCUGCGGCUGCUCCUUCCUCCUUCCCCUUCUUCCUCCUCCUUCUCCUCUUCCCCUUCAGGAGCCGGCGGCGGGCGAGGAGAAGCGAGUGCCGCGGCCGGCAUGUGAAGCGGGGCACCCCCUCAGCGCCGCUUGCCUCCGGUUCCUCCCCGGUUCUUCCUGGGGCUCCGCUCGCCAUGAAGAAGUUUUCUCGCAUGCCCAAGUCCGAGGGGAGCGGCGGCGGCGGCGGCGGGACGGCGUGCGGCGGCUCCGGGAGCGGCGUGGCCCUGGGCAGGGCGCUGGCGGUGGGGCGGUACCAGGUGACCCCCGAGGAGCCGCUUGCCGAAGGUGGCUUCUCUACUGUGUUUCUGGUGCGCACGCCCAGCGGGACGCGCUGCGCGCUGAAGAGGAUGUGUGUGAAUAAUGUGCCAGACCUCAACAUCUGCAAGAGGGAGAUCACCAUUAUGAAAGAGUUAUCUGGGCACAAGAACAUUGUGAGUUAUUUGGACUGUGCUGUCAAUUCACUAAGUGAUAACGUGUGGGAGGUGCUCAUCCUGAUGGAGUACUGUCGAGCUGGGCAAGUUGUGAACCAGAUGAACCAACGUCUGCAGACAGGCUUCACAGAGUCGGAAGUAAUGAGAAUAUUUUGUGACACCUGUGAAGCUGUUGCCCGGUUACAUCAGUGCAAAACACCUAUAGUUCACCGGGAUCUCAAGGUGGAGAAUUUAUUGUUAAAUGAUAAUGGGAACUACGUUCUCUGUGAUUUUGGCAGUGCCACUAACAAAUACCUGAACCCUCAAAAAGAUGGUGUUAAUAUGGUUGAAGAAGAAAUUAAAAAGUACACUACCCUAUCAUACAGAGCUCCCGAGAUGAUCAAUCUAUAUGGAGGAAGGCCAAUUACUACCAAGGCAGAUAUCUGGGCACUGGGCUGCUUGCUGUAUAAACUCUGCUUCUUUUCCCUUCCCUUUGGAGAAAGCCAGGUUGCCAUUUGCGACGGGAGCUUCACUAUCCCGGAUGGCUCACGGUACUCCCACAGCGUGCACUGCUUGAUCAGAUAUAUGCUUGAACCAGAUCAAGAGAAGAGACCUGAUAUCUUUCAAGUAUCUUACUUUGCCUUUAAAAUUGCCAAAAAGGAGUGUCCAGUGUCUAAUAUUAAUAAUUCUCCUGUCCCCUCAAGUCUUCCUGAGCCCAUGACAGCUAGUGAGGCAGCUGCUAGAAAAAGCCAAAUAAAAGCAAGAAUAACAGAUGCUGUUGGACCAACAGAAACCUCAAUUGCACCACGACAAAGACCAAAGGCCAAUUCGAGCACUGCCCCUUCCAGUGUGCUGGCAAUCCAGAGCUCAGCAACUCCUGUCAAAGUACAAGUUCCUGGAGAAUUUGCUAAUCAUGGGCAAAAAGGAACCGUGCGACCAGGGAAUGCACAAGACAUCUCACAGUCCCAAGGGACUGCUCCACAGCAGCACAGGGUCCUCCAGCAGCUGCAGCAGGGAGACUGGAGACUGCAGCAGCUGCACCACUUGCAGCACCAGCCCACCAUGCAGGAUGCUUACAUCCAGCAGUAUCACCAAGCAGUGCACCAGCAGAUGGUCCAGCAGCAGCUGUUGCUGCAAUCUAUGUAUCAGCAGCAGCCUGCCCAGUCACAGUAUCCUGCCAUGGUGCAGCAGUACCAGCAGGCUCUCCUGCAGCAGCAGCAGGUGCUGGCUCAGCAGCGGGCACAGCAGGUGCAGUCCCCUGAAUAUAUCACUUCUCCACAAGACUUUGCACCAGCCUUAAUCUCCUACCCCAGGUCGCUGCCAGUGCAUGGUGGAACAGUGGCAGAUCCUUCCUACCCUACAAACAGGUCAGGUAUUCCUGAUGCUGAAGCAAUUGCCAGUUACCCCAAGCAGAACAUCAGUAACCCACCUGAUAUGUCAGGUUGGAACCCAUUUGGAGAGGACAAUUUUUCCAAGUUGACAGAGGAGGAGCUGCUGGACAGAGAGUUUGACCUGCUAAGAUCAAACAGGCUGGUGGACAGGAGAACAUCUUCAGAUAAGGAUGUGGAGACACAUGCUGCUCCACAGACAAGUCCUCCUGAAGAUCCCUUUGGUUCUGUUCCUUUCAUUUCUCAGCAAGGUUCCCUUGGAAAACAAGUGGAUAACUCAGCCAGCAAUCAAGGAAAUAACUUAGGGACCCCGACAAAGGCUGGAAAACUGAGCCAUGCAUUUAGAGAUCCCCAGGCAGGGAGGAAAAGUGCAGAAGGACACGUGACAAAAGGUGGUGAGGAGUCAGAGAGUGAUUUUGAAUCUGAUCCUCCUUCUCCCAAGAGCAGUGAAGAAGAAGAAGAACAGGAGGAUGAAGAAGUCUUGCAUGGAGAAAAUGGGGACUUCAAUGAUGACAAUGAUACAGAACCAGAGAAUUUAGGCCACCGGCCUCUCCUCAUGGAUUCUGAGGAAGAGGUGGAAGAAGAGGAGGAAGAAAAGCAGAGCUCUGAUUCCGAUUGUGACCGAACUAAGCAAAAAUGUGUGGAAGGGCUCCUGAGCACUCGGUUCAGAGAUGGUGUGGGCAGCAGUGAAAUCACAGAGCCCAGUUCAGUGCCUAUGUCUCCGCCUGAGGUGCCAAGCAGUCUGAUCAACUCUGGCCAAGAAUUUGAUGUGUUUGGAGCUGUGCCCUUUUUCACUCUGCAGCCUCAGGCAAGAGAGAAAGUGGACAAAGAUAUUUCUUCUCAGGUGGCUUUUCCCAGCCUAAGCCAAGAGCAGGAUGACUUUGAUGUUUUCAUAAAAGCUCCUUUCAGCAAAAAGGUGCCGCAGCGAGAUGGGCAGGGGUCAGGGCUGGAGCCUCUGCUCUCCCCCACCUCUCCACGGAGCGUGGAUAUCUUUGGUUGCACCCCAUUUCAGCCGUCCCUUGUCGCCAAGUCUGCUGGGAGUAGGCAGGACCUGUUUGGGCUGGUUCCGUUUGAGGAGAUCACAGGCAGCCAGCAGCAGCAGCAGAAGGUGAAGCAGCAGAGGAACCUGCAGAAGCUGUCUUCCCGCCAGAGGCGCAUGAAGCAGGAGGUGUCCAAGAGCAACGGGAAGCGCCAUCACGGCACCCCCACCGGCACAAAGAAAGGGCUGAAACCCAGCUACCGCACUCCAGAGCGCGCCCGCCGGCACAGGAAGGCCGGCCGCAGGGACUCCCAGAGCAGCAACGAGUUCCUGACCAUCUCGGACUCCAAGGAGAACAUCAGCGUGGCCUUGACUGACGGCAAGGACCGAGCCAACCCUCUGCAGACAGACGAGACGCUGCUGGAUCCUUUCGGAGCCAAACCCUUCCACCCGCCCGAGCUGAUGCGCCAUGCCCAGCACCAGGGCUUUGGGGACAGCUGCGGGGACCACGGCACGGUCGUGGUGGCUGGCAGGCCGAGGCAGAGCUCUUUGCACGGGGCCAUUCACAGUGGGGAUGGGCUGAAAACAGAUGACUUUGGUGCGGUUCCCUUCACAGAGCUGGUGGUGCAGAGCACACAGAGCCAACCACAGCAGGCACUGGAGUUGGAUCCCUUUGGAGCAGCUCCGUUCCCUUCUAAACAGUAGAGGCUUCCAAUGGGUUUCCCCCUCUCCACCUCUCAAAGUCCCUUAAUAAAGGUUUAGUGGAGUAAUUUAUUUGGUUGAAAUGCCAGGAGCCUGGGUUGUACAGCUUGUUCAGGCUGAGGAGACAGUGGCCUGCAUGUGUGAUGGAAUUGCAAGUAACAGCUAAUUCUGAUUUGGGUCUUUUUGAGAAAAAGAGUAAAAAAAUCAGAAGUGUUGUUUCCUUAUGGCAGAUGGCUCCCAGAAUGAAGUGAGGAAUUGGAUAUGAAUCUGUGUCACUGACUUGGGGCCCUGGGACAUACUGUCAUUGUGCACUUUGGUCUUGCCUUUCCAUCCCUCUGCCAUGUGCCCUGGUGGAGCAGAAGAGGCAAGGGAGCACAUGGAAAAUGCUUCCCAUAUGUAUAGGAGGCUAAUGAACUGUGGUCCUUCUUCAUGUCUCAGCAGAUCUAAGAAGCAAGACAUACUGAUAUCCAGAUUAUGUGCUGGAAGUAGCCACGUCUUUGUUUCCUAGGUGAAAACUAUCUUUAUUAAUCAUAAAAAUAAAGCAGCCACAUCCUCAAGGGGCUGUGGCCCAGAAUUCCAGAGCACAGCUAUGGCUUGGGACCUUGCAGACAUCUAUGCAGCUGCAGAGAUGAAAGGCAGAUUAUUUUUUUUGUGUGCCUAAAUGGUCAAUUUUGAAUUAUUUUUUUAACAGUAAGUGCCAUUAAUGUAAAGUAGCAAACUGGAAAUGCAGAGUCAAAACUAAAGAAGCAGGUGAUUUAUGAUCUGUGAGAAGCCUGAAUGUGUGGGGGAGUGAGCCAGCAGGGACAUGGCUGGGAUUACAGCACUUUGGGAGACUCCUCAGUGUACUGGAAGAGGGGCUGUCCUUGGGCAUGUGGAGUGUUUUAGAGGACUUGCGGAUAUGACUGUGAGGUACAACCAUUGGAUUGGUUUGAUUACAACUUGGGAUUUGUGUCUGUUUUCCUCUUGGGUUUUGAUUGAAAAGAAAAUGUGUCCUCUC